AUUUCAUUGCAUUCGUUUGUGUUCGUUUCGACUCGUUGUUGUCUUUUACAUUUUAUUCUAUCGAAAAAUUAAUUUUUUAAGUAAAAAGUGGUUUAAAAAUACAAAUUUUUAUAUAAAAUUGUUAUCUUAACCUUACUAAGUGGUGUGGUGUACAGCGCCUAAAUCACCAAAAUGAGUUAUAUGCCAGCACAAAAUCGUACAAUGUCUCAUAAUAAUCAAUAUAAUCCACCGGAUUUGCCGCCGAUGGUUUCCUCCAAGGAGCAAACGCUUAUGUGGCAGCAAAAUUCAUAUUUAGUGGAUUCUGGUAUUCAUUCGGGUGCCGUCACACAGGCACCUUCGCUCUCGGGCAAAGAAGAUGAGGAAAUGGAUGGCGAUCCACUAAUGUUUGAUUUAGAUACUGGCUUUCCACAAAAUUUCACCCAAGACCAGGUGGAUGACAUGAAUAGCCAGUUGAGUCAGACACGUUCACAACGCGUUCGCGCCGCCAUGUUCCCCGAAACAUUGGAAGAGGGUAUCGAAAUACCUUCGACCCAGUUUGAUCCACAACAACCAACUGCUGUACAACGUUUGGCCGAACCAUCGCAAAUGUUAAAACAUGCCGUUGUCAACCUAAUCAAUUAUCAAGAUGACGCCGAACUGGCAACACGCGCAAUACCAGAAUUGAUAAAAUUGCUCAAUGAUGAAGAUCAAGUUGUUGUUUCCCAAGCCGCCAUGAUGGUACACCAGUUGUCGAAAAAGGAAGCUUCGCGCCAUGCUAUUAUGAAUAGUCCACAAAUGGUGGCAGCUCUCGUGCGUGCCAUUUCGAAUAGUAACGAUUUGGAAAGUACUAAAGCUGCUGUUGGCACUCUUCAUAAUUUGUCACAUCAUCGACAAGGUCUCUUGGCUAUAUUCAAGAGCGGUGGUAUACCAGCUUUGGUGAAACUAUUGUCUUCUCCGGUUGAGAGUGUUUUAUUCUACGCCAUCACCACCUUACACAAUUUGUUAUUGCAUCAGGAUGGUUCUAAAAUGGCAGUUCGCUUAGCUGGUGGUCUCCAGAAAAUGGUUACCUUGUUGCAGCGUAAUAAUGUCAAGUUCUUGGCCAUCGUUACAGAUUGUUUACAGAUUCUUGCCUAUGGCAAUCAAGAGAGUAAACUAAUAAUUUUGGCUUCUGGUGGCCCCAAUGAGUUGGUACGCAUUAUGCGUUCCUACGAUUACGAAAAAUUGUUGUGGACCACUUCACGUGUUUUGAAAGUCCUUUCGGUAUGUUCUAGCAAUAAGCCAGCCAUUGUAGAUGCUGGCGGCAUGCAAGCUCUGGCCAUGCACUUGGGCAAUCCAUCGCCACGUUUGGUUCAGAACUGUUUGUGGACUUUGCGUAAUUUGUCCGAUGCUGCCACUAAAGUUGAUGGCAUGGAAGCCCUUUUGCAAUCCUUAGUUCAAGUAUUGGCUUCAACAGAUGUUAAUGUUGUCACUUGUGCAGCUGGCAUACUCUCGAAUUUGACUUGUAAUAAUCAGCGUAACAAGGCUACGGUUUGUCAAGUCGGUGGUGUUGAUGCUUUGGUACGUACGAUUAUAAAUGCUGGCGAUCGUGAAGAAAUCACUGAGCCAGCCGUCUGUGCUCUACGUCAUUUGACAACACGUCAUGCUGAUUCAGAAAUGGCUCAAAAUGCAGUCCGUUUAAAUUAUGGUCUCUCGGUGAUUGUAAAACUUUUACAUCCACCAUCCCGUUGGCCAUUAAUUAAGGCCGCCAUUGGUCUGGUACGCAAUUUGGCUUUGUGUCCAGCUAAUGCAGCACCUUUGCGCGAACAUGGCGCCAUACAUCAUUUAGUACGUCUCUUGAUGCGUGCUUUCCAAGAUACUGAGCGUCAACGCUCUUCUGUGGCCACCACUGGCUCACAACAGCCUUCGGCUUAUGCAGAUGGUGUUCGUAUGGAAGAAAUUGUAGAGGGCACUGUAGGUGCAUUACACAUUUUAGCUCGGGAGUCUCACAAUCGCGCUUUGAUUCGCCAACAGUCGGUAAUACCGAUAUUUGUUCGAUUACUAUUUAAUGAAAUAGAAAAUAUACAGCGCGUUGCUGCUGGUGUCCUCUGCGAAUUGGCCGCUGACAAAGAAGGGGCUGAAAUAAUAGAACAAGAAGGAGCCACUGGCCCCUUAACUGAUUUAUUGCACUCUCGCAAUGAAGGUGUAGCAACUUAUGCCGCUGCUGUUCUAUUCCGCAUGAGCGAGGAUAAGCCGCAAGAUUACAAGAAACGUCUCUCUAUUGAGCUCACCAAUUCACUUUUACGUGAAGACAACAACAUAUGGGGUAAUGCCGAUCUAGGCAUGGGUCCAGAUUUACAGGAUAUGCUUGGUCCAGAGCAAGCAUAUGAAGGCCUCUAUGGUCAGGGGCCACCGAGCGUACACAGCUCCCAUGGCGGUCGUGCAUUCCAACAAGCAGGAUAUGAUACUUUACCAAUAGACUCUAUGCAAGGUCUUGAAAUCAGCAGUCCCAUAGGAGGCGGCGGCGGAGGCGGUGGUGCCCCACCAAGUGCUGCACCAACUUCACCCUACUCCAUGGAUAUGGAUGUUGGUGAAAUUGAUGCUGGCGCAUUGGAUUUUGAUUUGGAUGCUAUGCCAACACCACCAAAUGACAACAAUAAUUUAGCUGCUUGGUAUGAUACAGAUUGUUAAACAAAACAAAAUACACAACAACAUUUGUAACACACGAAGAAUUUAAAAGUAAAAAAACACUGCAUUUGAAAAAUCAAAAUAUAGUACAUUACAACUAAAUGUAUCUUUAUAAGAAAGGGAAACACCGCACCACAACAACCGGUUUUUUUUAUUAACUUAAACAAAUAUUAACACGUCUUCUAAGGGCUGUUGCAGCUGCUGAUUGAUUUAAGAAAAAUUAUAUACAAACAAAAACAAUUUAUAAAAUAUUUAGCAUACAUAAAGAAAACAAGAGGAAAAUGAAAAUAACAAUUUUUACGAAUAAUUCUUAUUAUAAAAUUAAUAACACUUACUUACGUACGUAUGAUAUAAUGACAACACAUUUUGUUUGUUUUUAAUAUAUUUUUUUUUAAUUUUUUAUUCUCUCUGUUUAAAUUUUUUAAGCACUCUACAUUUUUAUUAUAAUUACUAUUUUAUAUGACAAAGAAAAACAGCAAAUUCAAAAAUACCCCAUUUAUUUAGUAGUAUUAAAAUAUAAUAAACAAAAUUCCGUAUGCAUUUUAUUUUUUAUUACGGAAACAAUACAA